AUGAUAACGGGGCUGAACAAUGCAAUACUUGAUGAAUUUCAACAAACAUACAAUCCGUCUUAUGCACUACAAUGUUUCAUUCAUGGUCGUAUUGAUGUUAGUGUUGACAAUGAUUUAGUUAAUAUAUUAUUGGAAAUAAAUAUUGAUAAGCAUUUGAAAUCAUUGUCAAAACCAUUUGCAGAUAUUUCAAUGGGAAGUCAUUUUCAUGAUGAACAAGAAGUUUUAUUUUAUAUUGGAACAAUAUUUAAAAUUAAAAUGAUUGAACAAAAAAAUGAUAUUUGGUUAAUUGAAUUAGACGUAUGUACAGACGAUGAUAAUAAUGAACUAUUUUGUCAAAUUAAAAACGAAAUAAUAAAUGAUCAAGGUGAUACUGGCAAGUUAUUAUUAAAAAUAGGCGAAUAUGAUGAAGCAAAGGUAUAUUAUCAACAAUUAUUAAAUCAUCAACAACAAGACUAUCGUCAUGAAUGUUAUACAGGCCUUGGAUUAAUUGGUUUUCCUACUGACGAUUAUAUGACUGCUUUAGACAGUUAUUUGAAAGCAUUGAAUAUCAAAAAUGACAAUGGAACAAACUACAUGAAUAUUGGAAAUGAUUAUGAUCAAACUCUAUUAAAUUAUAAAUGGGCAUUAGAAAUUCAAUUAAAAUAUUUAUCGUUAACUCAUCCAUCAAUACCAAUAUCUUACAGAAAUAUAGGUCAAAUUUAUGAACAUCAAAAUAGAUACGAUCGAGCUUUAAUAAAUUACACAAAAGCAAAUGAAAUUUAUUCAUGUCAUUUAUCAACAGCGUAUCCUAAUCGUAUUCAACUUAAUAGUGAUAUAACAAGAAUUCAAGAUUUAAAUAGCUGA